CGCCAGAUACUGUUGCGGGCUCAGCAGCUGAGCGACGUUUGGCGUUAUUCGUUUUGUAUUUGUUUUUUUCAAUAUUUUAUUGUUAUUGCAAUUUAAUUACCGCGUCGGACUUUUAUAAUAAUAAUUAAGAUACGGACGGUUUUUUUUUUCAACGCGUUUUCUUCAUCUCUAGUUAUGUUCGAAACACUAUGAAAUAACCGAACGAGAUGGCGUCAAAGGAUUACGACCUGCAUGGCAGAACCGACUCGUACAGGGUUGCUACAGUUCCAUCUCAAUUUGAUGACAACAAAACUGUCGAUGGAAAACCAAAAACAAGACGAAAAGCUCCAUCUUCAGUAAGCACAAAAUACAGCCGUGCCGAAAAUCUGGAUGAACUGAAACAAGAUCCAAAUUUGGAUUACCACAAAAUAACGCUGGAUGAGCUCUAUCAAAGAUUUGGAACUCAUCCUGAAGCUGGAUUAACUCACGCCAAAGCUCGUGAAAACUUGGAAAGAGACGGUCCAAACACUUUGACGCCGCCGAAGACAACUCCUGAAUGGAUUAAGUUUUCAAAACAAAUUUUUGGUGGAUUCUCGGCGUUAUUGUGGGUUGGAGCAUUUUUGUGUUUCUUAGCUCACAAAGCGGAAACCAGCACUACUAACGAUGCAAAUGACGAUUACAUGUAUUUAGGUUGCAGUUUAAUUGCUGUAAUUGUAGUCACUGGUUUUCUGUCUUAUUGUCGACAACUUAAUCAAGGUGCAGUCAUCCGAUCGUUUUAUGAAACCACUUCACAGUUUGCCGUUGUUAUCCGUCAAGGUGAAGCUUUGACAUUACGGGCCGAAGACAUCACACUUGGUGAUUUAGUUGAAUUGAAAUUUGGUGAUCGGGUUCCAGCUGAUUUGCGUAUCAUUGAAAGUCACUCGCUUAAGGUUGAUAACUCAUCGUUGACUGGUGAAUCUGAACCCCAAAGUCGUACUCCAGAAUAUACUCAUGACGAUCCGUUGGAAACUAAAAAUCUUGUAUUUUCCACUACGCAUGCUGUCGAAGGUACGGGCAAAGGUGUUGUUAUAGCAUGUGGAGACAACACUGUUAUGGGAAGAAUCGCAGAGCUUGCGUCUAGCUUAGAAAGUCGCCCAACACCGAUUGCUCGAGAGAUUAUUCGCUUUGUCAAUUUUGUCAAUUUAACAGCCAUAGUUAUAGGCUUACUGCUGUUUAUUAUAGCACUAAUGAUGGGUUGCUACUGGUUGGAUGCAAUUGUUUUCUUGAUAGGUUUCCUUGUCGCCGCCGUCCCAGAAGGCCUUCUGGCAACAGUAACUGUUUGCUUAACACUGACUGCUAAGCGCAUGGCGUCCAAAAACUGUUUAGUCAAAAAUUUAGAGGCAGUGGAAACGCUCGGCUCGACUUCCACAAUUUGUUCAGACAAAACUGGCACUUUAACUCAAAAUCGUAUGACUGUCGCUCAUAUGUGGUUCGAUAAUCAAAUUAUUGAAGCCGAUACUACUGAAGAUCAAUCUGGUGUGCAAUAUGACCGUUCUAGUCCGGGUUUUAGAGCCCUAGCGAGAAUAGCGACUCUCUGUAGCCGCGCAGAAUUUAAGGCUGGACAAGACGGCGUUCCGAUUCUAAAGAAGGAAGUCAAUGGAGAUGCAUCAGAGGCUGCACUGUUAAAAUGUAUGACACUUGCUUUAGGCGAUGUAAUGACAAUAAGAAGGAGAAACCGUAAGGUCUGUGAGAUUCCGUUCAAUUCCACAAAUAAAUAUCAGGUUUCUAUUCACGAAACUGAAGACCCCACGGAUUCCAGACAUUUGUUAGUUAUGAAGGGUGCUCCAGAACGUGUACUCGAUCGUUGUUCGACUAUAUUCAUUGGCGGCAAAGAGAAAGUUCUUGACGAAGACAUGCGUGAAGCGUUCAACAACGCUUACUUGGAACUCGGCGGUCUUGGUGAACGAGUUUUUGGUUUCUGCGACAUGUUGCUGCCGGCCGAUCGUUUUCCCAAAAAUUUUAUGUUCGAUGUCGAUGAGCCAAAUUUCCCACUCAGCGGCAUGCGUUUCGUCGGCCUGAUGUCCAUGAUUGAUCCUCCGAGAGCAGCAGUUCCCGAUGCCAUUGCCAAGUGUCGCUCGGCGGGCAUCAAGGUCAUUAUGAUUACUGGUGACCAUCCAAUUACAUCGAAAGCAAUAGCCAAAUCCGUGGGAAUCAUAUCUGAGGGCAAUGAAACUGUUGAAGAUAUCGCUCAACGAUUGAAUAUUCCUGUAUCCGAAGUCAAUCCGAGGGACGCCAGUGCGGCCGUUGUACAUGGUUCUGAAUUAUUAGACUUGCCGCCCGAAGUUUUGGACGAAAUACUGAGAUAUCACAAAGAAAUUGUGUUUGCAAGAACGUCGCCUCAACAGAAAUUAGCUAUUGUCGAAGGUUGUCAACGGAUCGGCGGAGUAGUGGCCGUUACCGGCGAUGGUGUAAACGACUCGCCGGCUCUUAAGAAAGCUGACAUAGGUAUAGCAAUGGGUAUUUGUGGAUCGGACGUUUCAAAGGAAGCGGCCGACAUGAUCCUCUUGGACGACAAUUUCGCCAGCAUUGUUACUGGCAUUGAAGAGGGACGUUUGGUUUUCGACAAUUUGAAAAAAUCUAUCACGUACACAUUAACGUCCAACGUACCUCAGCUGUUGCCUUUCAUUGCUUUCAUCAUGCUCAGCAUACCUUUGCCUAUUGGUGCGAUCGCUAUACUGUGUAUUGAUCUUGGUACAGAUAUGGUUCCAGCAAUAUCAUUGGGAUAUGAACAUCCGGAAUCGAAUAUUAUGAAGCGUCCGCCUAGAAAUUUAGUCAAAGACAAACUUGUGAAUAACAGAUUGAUGUCCUUGGCGUUUGGUCAGCUGGGAGUGAUCGAAGCGUUUGCAGGAUUUUUCACUUACUUUGUCAUCAUGGCCGAGAACGGAUUCAUGCCUUAUAAAUUAAUAGGAAUACGCCGCGAAUGGGAUUCCAGGGCUGUCAACGAUUUACCCGAUUCCUACAACCAAGAAUGGACGUAUCAAGAUCGUAAAUCUCUGGAAUAUACCUGUCAUACGGGCUUCUUCAUAGCCAUUGUGGUCGUACAAUGGGCCAAUCUUAUUGUAUGUAAGACGCGAAGAAAUUCUAUCGCGCACCAAGGAAUGAGAAACAUGGCUUUAAAUUUCAGUAUUAUAUUUACAACCAUUUUGGCUUUGUUCCUGUGUUAUCUACCGGGAAUGGACGAAGCUCUGCGCAUGCACCCGUUGAAGUGGACUUGGUGGAUUCCUCCCAUACCGUUUAUGUUAGCUCUGUUUGUCUACGACGAAGUAAGGAAGUUUUACAUCAGACGCAAUCCAGGCGGAUGGUUAGAGAGAGAAACAUACUAUUGAACGACGAUGAACAAUUUUUUUUUUUUUUUGACUACACGCUUUGAUCAACACAGAAUCGACUAUAGCCAUAUAGUGAAACCAUUAGAAUCUUAGCUUCUUUUUUUUUAAUCUAUGAAUUCACCAUUUUUUUUUUUUAGCCCAAUUACACCCUUAGGAAUUAUGGGCUUUAGUUUGAUAGUUUGAAAACAAUUAUUGAUGUAGGUUUAAGGUAGGUUUCAGACAAAACGUUUUCACAUAAUAUGUAUACUUUUUAAACUAAUUCGGUGAUCAAUAUUAACGAACAAAAGAAACUUCAUAAUAUACAGGGUUACUCAUAGUAACGAGAGUAAAGUUUGUUCGCUUUGUUUAAUAAUCGCUUGAACCCUAGAUAUAUAUAUUUUUUUUUGAAUUUUAUUUUUAUUGUCUACUUCCAAACAAGUACAAAUUUUCUUACAUAUUUUACUCGAAAACCAACAAUAAUAUACUAUAUCGGUCCUUAAUUAAUAAUUGUGCUAACGUUUUACUAUUCAGUAUUUAUAUAUCUAUAUAUUUUUUUUUUUUGACAUAUUAUACCUAUAUAAUAAUCUACAAAAUACUAAUAUAUAUAUAUAUUUUAUUUUUUAUCGUAAUUGUUAAUUUUUUUUAUUCAGUACACACAUUCAUUUUCAUGUUAUGUCUAUUUUGUGUGUGACUAAUUUGAUUGAAUUUUGCAAAAACUUCCAUCCGUCCUUGCUCGAAGCCCUACGUAUGCUCAGCUUAACUGAAACAUUGAUCUUUAUUGAAAUUAUUUCAUGUUUAUAUAUUAUGUUUGUAUAACCCCUUUAUGAUUUAUUGAACAGACCAUUGAUUGUAUUUUUUUUGACAAAGGAUGAAAACGAUGAAUUUUAUUUGUUAUUUAAAUUUCGAAAUAACUAUUACUAUAGGUUCAUAUAUUAUAUACUAUAUAAAUGUUAAGUAUUUAAUUAUGUUUUUAUUUAUAGUAAAAAAGAAAAAACCUAUUAUAAUAAUAUUUAUAAAAGACAUUACGACGUAAUAUAAUAUCGUUUUUAUUUUUAUUUUAUUUGUAACUUUAAAAAUAAUUUAAUCAUAUUAUACCUCAUUAUUGUACACCUUAAUUGGAUUUUUCUCAUCUG